CACCGAGAGUAAUGUUACAGAAGCGACAAGACACUGCGUAUCGCAUUCGCUGGUGUUCCACAUACAGCCAUUGCAGUGCAUUGAGAUACAAGCGGCAGCCUUUGAUACCGAUAUCGAGAUGGGGAAAGAUCCAACGAAACCGAGGGGCAAGAUGUCCUCCUAUGCCUACUUUGUCCAGACCUGUCGGGAGGAGCACAAGAAGAAGCACCCAGAAGCUUCCGUCAACUUCUCCGAGUUCUCCAAGAAGUGCUCUGAGAGAUGGAAGACCAUGUCCGCCAAGGAGAAGGGGAAGUUUGAGGAUCUGGCCAAGCUGGACAAGGUGCGCUAUGAGAGGGAGAUGAGGAGCUACAUUCCUCCCAAGGGAGAGAAGAAGAAGAGGUUUAAGGACCCCAACGCCCCCAAGAGACCAUCGUCUGCGUUCUUCAUCUUCUGUGCUGACUUCCGACCCCAGGUGAAGGGGGAGACCCCGGGCCUGUCUAUCGGUGAUGUGGCCAAGAAGCUGGGAGAGAAGUGGAAUAACCUAACAGCGGAGGACAAGGUGCCCUAUGAGAAGAAGGCUGCCAAGCUGAAGGAGAAGUACGAGAAGGACAUCACUGCGUACCGCAACAAGGGCAAGGUGCCCGUCAGCAUGCCAGCGAAGGCCGCCGCCCCCACCAAGGACGACGACGAUGAUGACGACGACGAUGAUGAUGAGGACGAUGAUGAGGACGAUGAUGAGGAUGACGAGUAGAUUACUGUUGUUACGUGUGGAGCUUAUCAUUUCCUGUUUAUAAAGCAUUUAACCCCUCUUGUACACACAUCACUUACUCAGAACAAAAAUAAAAAACUUUACUUGAAAAAGUCAACAACAAAAAAAAAAAAAAAAAAAAAAAAAAAAGAUAAUCCACCUCCCCCCAAAACGUAAAGGCUGUGUAUAAGAAUGGUUUUGAAGCUGUACAGUUGUUUUUUCCUUUUGUAUAGUUAACACUACAACAGUGUCACCUGUGUCUGUCUGUGUUUCUAUCUCCCAGUCUCUCCUAUUCCUUAUUUAGUGCACUACUUUUGACAAAUGCCUAUAGGGCUCUGGUCAAAAGUAGUGCACUAUAUAGGGAAUAGGGUGCAAUUUGGGAUACAGCCCCUGGUACAGUUGAAAGCGGUUGUAAAAUUGGCUAGGAAACCGAUGGGUCUAUUUGCCUUAGCUAGCAGUGCACAGCAGCACAUUACCUAGUUAUAAUGUGGGGUCUUAGUAGUUCUUCUGUUUCCAAUGGUUGGUGCAUUUGUUUAUCUUGUUUUAAAUGACGUAUUAUCAACUUGUCGUAUUAUCAUAACGUUAUUUUACUGUACUAUUUGAAUACCACUGUAAUUGCAAAAAGAAGAAUGAAUUGCAUCUGUUUUCUUGUUGAGAUUCUGAAUUGCUUCUGACGUCAAUAAACUUUUUUUUUUUUAAAUA